AUGCUCACUUCCAUCAUUCUGUUGGGCAGCACCAGUUCCAUCCUGGACAUGGAGACUUGGUGCGCUGAUUGGGACGAGUUCUUGAAAAAAUUUGGUGCAUGCCAAACUGAAGCUUUGGAAAGGCACAUUACCCUCCCUUUGACUGCCGCUGUUGGCGCAAAGGGGGACGAAUGCAUCACCACGUAUCCAUGCGUGCAGGAUGCCAUCACCAUCGCUUGGAAGGAGGCCGCAGAGUACGAGAAGAAGAUGGAGGAGGAAUGUUGGAUCGCUGAGGAUGAAGAAGAACACAUGCGGAAGGCUGAAGAAGAGGCGCUCACCCACAAGGCGGCGGAGGCAGAAGAGCUUGCCCGCACCACUGCAGAGGCGGAAGAAGUCGCUUGGAAGACUGCAGAGGUGGAAGAACUCACCUGCAAGACUGUGAAGGCGAUCUUCAUCUGCUGGCUCUUCUACCACUUCAUUCACAAUCUUGUCCAAUGCUUCUUCGUCAAGGCCAGUGAUGCUGGUUAUGGAAACUUUGCUUUUGCUUCGUGGGAAGUAUGGAAGUACACGGAACACUGCAUAUCUAAGCUUGGGUAUCGCACCAUCCAACUUGCCUAA